AACGUCAUGAUAACUUUAUGAAUGACGGCAUGGCUCAGGGAAGUGUCUCAGUAAACGUGCCUCAGUUCUCAGUCCCCCCUGUGCAGGGUGUGGCACAGGUCAGCGUGAUGAGCCCAAGCUCAGCUGGAGCAGAGGCGUCCAUCUCACAUCCACAUGAGAAAAGAAGAACAAUCAGUCUGCCCGACGUGUGCCGAAACGUUUUUAUAACUUAUUCUUUGGACGUUUCUACAGAGAUAGUCCCUUUUGUAGACUUCCUCACAAAGCAAGGUUUUCGAGCAGCUGUUGACUUAUAUGACAACCCCAUCAGGCGCAUGGAUAUCAACAAGUGGAAGGACAGUUACCUGGAAGAUCCUUCAAACCUGAUCAUCAUCGUCAUCAGUCCAAAGUAUAAAGCUGACAUUGAAGGAUCUGUUGUGGAUAGCCAUGGUCUACACACUAAAUAUAUUCACUCCAUGAUGCAGAAUGAAUUCAUCCAGCAAGGCAGCUUGAAUUUCAGAUUCAUACCGGUUCUCUUCCUCAGUGCAUCCCAGAAACACGUCCCAAGUUGGCUUCAGAACACACGUGUUUAUCGCUGGCCGCAAGACACAGAGGAUUUAAUACUGCGGCUGCUCAGGGAGGAGAGAUAUGUUCCUCCUCCUGUACCUAUGGAGCUCACCCUCAUCAUCAGGCCUGUGGCCCCCAGCUCUGCAACUACACUGUGAAGACACACCUGUAUUCAUGCUUGUGCAUGUUUCUCAAAGAUUUGUGCAGCCUGUGUAUUUUAAAAUCUCAUAAUGUAUCCAUUCUAAGUCAUAAGUCAUGUCAAGAUGUUUCAUGUCUAUAUGAACAGUUGUUUGUUUGACAGAUAUCAAUAAAGUUUUCCCUGUCAUAUUC